UUGACCAACGGCGCCACCUCCGUGUGCGGCUCUUCUCUCUUGACCAACACCCGCUUGGUAACGGCUGCCCACUGCUGGUUCGAUGGUCGCAACCAGGCCAGAGAGUUCACCGUCGUGAUGGGCUCCACACGCCUCUUCUUCGGCGGCACCAGAGUCGUAACCAGCAACGUGGAGGUCCACUCCAGCUACAACCCCAGCAAUCUUAACAACGACAUUGCCAUGAUUACAACUGCAUGGAUCACCUAUAACGACAACAUCCGGCCCAUCAACCUGCCCUCUGGCUCCUUGUUGAACGACAACUUCGCGGGCACCUGGGCGCAGGCUGCUGGCUUCGGAAGAACCAGCGACUCCACCGGUAUCACCACCGAUCAGUUCCUGAGCCACGUAAACCUGCAGGUGAUCACCAACUCGGUGUGCCAGAUGUUCUUCGGGUCCGCCGUUGUAACUUCGACCCUGUGCACCAGCGGCGCGGGCGGAACCAGCACCUGUGGCGGAGACUCCGGCGGCCCCCUCUCUAUCAACAACGGUGGAAACACUGUUCUUGGUGGGCUGGUGAUUAGUUUGACCACUGGCGAAACCUCUGUGUGCGGCUCUUCUCUCUUGACCAACACCCGCUUGGUAACGGCUGCCCACUGCUGGUUCGAUGGUCGCAACCAGGCCAGACAGUUCACCGUCGUAAUGGGCUCCACACACCUCUUCUACGGCGGCACCAGAAUCGUAACCAGCGACGUGGAGGUCCACUCCAGCUACAACCCCAGUAAUCUUAACAACGACAUUGCCCUCAUCACGACUGGAUGGAUCACCUAUAACGCCGCCGGUAUCUCCAGCAACCAGUUCCUGAGCUACGUAAACCUGCAGGUGAUCGACCACACGUUGUGCCGGAUAGUCUACGGAUCAUCUACCGUCUUGUCCUCGACCCUGUGCACCAGCGGCGCGGGCGGAACCAGUACCUGUGGCGGAGACUCCGACGGCCCCCUCUCUAUCAACAACGGUGGAAACACUGUUCUUUUGGACAAGGACAACAAGGAAAUCCAAAAUAGGCCUACAAAGCCUAGAUUUAGGUAUGCCCUAUACAUAGGCUGUGAGUUUGUGUUAAUCCAACAACCAAUCAUGGUGGAUACGUAUUCGUCAACUAUGCUUAGGAACUCCUUGUGUUAA